GUGUUUAUUUGGUUGCCGUCCGUCGCGGCGCGUACCUACAAUAUUAUAUUCGUUGCGGGACCGUGCUCGGUGCUGUUGCUGUUGCCGUCGCUGCUAUUGCCGCCUAUCGCUCCGGCGUUGUGCCUCUCGCGCCAAAACUGUGUCACUGGGUGGGCAGAGGUACCACAUCACUGUAUAGUUAUAUCGGCGUGCGUCGGCCGGCUCGCGGGAUCAGUGGGUCGUCCGCGGUGGUCCGGGGAACAGGCGCAGCACAGCACCGGCCUAUAGGAGAUUUUGUCGCCCGCGCGUGUAUCGCAGUCGUUAUUAUAUUAUAUUUUCCGUCGAUUCCAAAUAUUAUUGUCGCGUCGUUCGCGCGUGAGUCUCCGUCGUUAGCCGUGCUCCGGCCACCACCGGGACCGGGACACCGGCCGGGUCGAGUACUUGAACAUGUUCAAGAAAGAAAAACCCAUGAUGUCCGUGUCGGCCAUCAUACAGAGCAGGGCGGCGCAUCACCACUGGGGCAGAGGUUUAAGAUUGGACAAUAAUAUGUCACUGGGUUCAAUGGGUCCUCAGUCACCUCUAGACCUCAAACCCGACACAGCAACUCUAAUGGUUAAUUUCAGCCCUCCGGGAGCUCCUCUAAGUCCUGCAGGAUUAUACAGCGUCGACCGGAACAGUAUGAUGAAUAAUUCUUGCAACGUACAAGACUCUCCGAAUUACCCGCCCAACCAUCCGCUCAGCGGUUCGAAGCAUCUGUGCUCCAUAUGCGGCGAUCGCGCCAGUGGAAAACAUUACGGAGUGUACAGCUGCGAGGGGUGCAAAGGGUUUUUCAAACGCACCGUGAGGAAGAAUUUGUCUUAUGCGUGUCGCGAAGAAAACAAAUGCAUCAUCGACAAGCGCCAACGAAAUCGGUGCCAGUACUGCAGGUAUCAAAAAUGUUUGACCAUGGGCAUGAAAAGAGAAGCCGUGCAGGAGGAAAGGCAACGUACAAAAGAACGAGAUCAUAAUAACAUAGAAGUUGAACCCACAAGCAGUUCUAAUACUGAUAUGCCAGUGGAACUUAUAUUAAGGGCUGAGAAUAAAGCUGAUGCUAUAAAGACUGAACAACAGUAUAUAGAGCAACAACAUCCUCAACAUACUGUUGGUGCUAUUUGUCAAGCAACUGACAAGCAGCUAAUACAACUUGUAGAGUGGGCCAAGCAUAUACCGCAUUUUAAAAAUUUACCUCUAGGCGAUCAAGUUUUGUUAUUGAGAGCUGGUUGGAAUGAGUUGAUGAUUGCAGCAUUUUCCCAUAGAUCAAUCAGUGUAAAAGAUGGUAUAGUCUUAGCUACUGGACUUACUGUUGACAGAGAUUCAGCUCACCAAGCUGGUGUUGAAGCUAUAUUUGAUCGUGUACUCACUGAACUCGUUGCUAAAAUGAGAGAUAUGGGUAUGGAUAGAACAGAGCUUGGCUGUUUACGUACUAUUAUUCUUUUUAAUCCAGGUUCAAAAGGUUUGCAGUCUGUGAAUGAAGUAGAAGUACUACGUGAUAAGGUUUAUGUUGCGUUAGAAGAAUAUUGUCGUACAACACAUCCAGAAGAACCUGGACGAUUUGCCAAACUACUUCUUCGGCUUCCUUCAUUACGUUCAAUUGGUUUAAAAUGUCUGGAACAUUUAUUCUUUUAUAAACUUAUUGGAGAUUCACCAAUUGAUACAUUUUUAAUGGAAGUUCUUGAAUCAUCUUCACAUGACGUUCAAGUAGCUACAUGAUUUCUAGAAAUUUUGCUAGUUAAUAAUACCAUUGCUUAAAUCUAAUGGUUAUACAUUUAUAUAUUAAUGAUUAGAUUAAAAACAUAUUAUUCAACAUAUUAUACAAAAUUGUUUGUAGAUAAUUUUCUUCACAUUUAUGAAUUUAUAUUUUACAUGGUUAUAGAUUGAUCACUUAACCAAUUUAGAAGUUUAUAACUAUUAAUGUUAUAAAUUAAUGAUUUAAGCGCGUGUUUGAAAAACAAUGAUUUAUUAAAAGAUAAUAAUUAUAUUAUUAUAAACUUUUUAUUUUGAUAAUUGAUUUAUUAUUUUAUUUUAAACAAGUUUAUUUUUAUCUUAAAAUACUGUUAUUUCUUAAUCAAUUUUAAGUAGCUUAAUAAAUAAAAUUUGUUGUUCCAAAGAAUUACAUUUUUCUUAUAAUUUGUUAAAAAUUAUAAUUAGAUGUCUGAUUUUGGUAACUUCACAAUUGAUAAAAUUCACAUAAAACUAUUGUUUCCAAAAACGAACAAAAAUUGUUUUUUCAUUUUCACGAGGCCAUGUAAUUUCAUUAUCACAUAUAAAUUAUUCCAAUUAAACCUGUUAUUACCUGUAGUAUAUGUACUACCUAUGCACUAUUCACUGAAAAUAAAAUAGUGUUGUAACAUUUAUUACUUAUAUCUGGUCAAAAACCUAAUAAUUUGUUUUAUUAUACUAUUUCUUAACUAUAACAGUAAUUAAUUUCUAAUAUGAAUAUCACGAUUGUCUUUAAAAAAAAUUGUCCAAACACGGAGCUUUGUCACAAUUAUGUUAUGUAUUCAUAAAUGUAUUUAUUUUUGAUGUUUUCAUUAUUUUUAAGAUACAUUGUUUUGAAUAAUAACAUAUUCAAUUAGGUUUGUAGGAAAACAUAAAAAUAGUUUUUAAAGCAGUUGUUUGUUUUCUAACUCAAUUUUCAGUAUUAUUUGUAAUCAGGUUUAAUUUCAAAUUACUAUUAGAAUUUAAACUUGAUUAGCUUAUUGUUUUACUUGAAAUUUAAGUACAUAGUUAUAAUAUGUAUUGUAUUAAUUUCAAUGAUUUGUGUACUUUGUUAUUAUAUACAUACCAAGUACCAACUACAAACAUUUUUUAAUCAAACUAUUAUAAAUAAACUAUGAUAAUUAUUUUAAAUAGCUAUUAAAUUUAUAUUGUCUUAGCUAAAAAAAAAUACUACUUAAAUAAACUUCAAUCCUAAUGAAAUAUAAAUAUAUAAAUUAUUAAUGUUUUAACCAACUACUUACCGACAAAUGUUUAAUUUUUAAACUAAAUUAUUAUUAUUUAUUUCUAUGAUUUAUUUUGUAAUAAUAUUAAAGAAUGGAAAGAUUAAUUUUUUAAACUGCUGACAACCUAAACAUGUUACAAAUUACCACUGAUUUGAAAACGAAAAAUAUAUGUGAUGAACAAUUUUUCCUGUAUAAACCUAAUGCAUAUCUAAUUUAGUUUUGAUAAAUUCAAUAAUGGUACUUCUAAAUUUAAAAAUUGCAUACACUGUGUUAGUUUUAUGUAUCAAUUACUAUUCAUAUUAAAUGCCAAUAAUAAGUUUUGUUACAUUAUUAACCCAAAAGAUCGACCUAUUAGUUAUAAAAAAAAAACAAAAAAUGUUGAGUGAUUGUUCCAUGUGAUUAUUUUCAAAAUUAUACUACCUAUCUUAAUUUUAUACCUCAUUAUGAUUAGGAAUUUAAUUUAAAAUUCGAUGAAAAAUGAACUGUGGUUUUUUAUUAUUAUUAUUAUUAUUAUUCAAUUUUAAAUGUAAACAAUUUUAUUUUUUUUUAACUUAUUAUUGUAUUUACUAUUAUUUUUAAUAAAUAACUAAUCAUUAUAAUACGGCACUGUAAGUUAUUAAUUAUUAAGAUGGUUACGGUAUUAAAAUAUGUAUGAAAAUUACGUUAGAUAAUAGAGUUUUAGGUUCCUAGUAUUUUUUAUGUGAAUUGUCUUCUUAUUGUUUAUUUUAUUUUAAGGAUAUUUUUUUUUUAAGAAUAUAUUUUUUUAAUGUAAGUAUUUUUAAUUUUAUCUCAAGUUACUGACAUUUUAUUCAUAUAAAAAUGUUACAUUUUGAAAAUAAAGAGUUACACUAUAAGUUAAAUAAAUGUAUAUUAGUUUUAUAUAAAAAAGAAAAAGAAAAUACUUUUCACAUGUAAUGUGGGCUUUGGGAUUGGCAACAAGAGUAUAUACCAUAUUAAAUAUCAUAA